AUGCUCCUCACCACGCCUGUGUAUUCGGAGGAGAAAAAGGAAGACAACAAAAACGGAAAGGGCCGGCUGCAUCUUUGGGUGACAGACAAUGCCCGUGUGCAUGACGUUGGGCCGGUAUCCAGUGAAGAGCACGACGCUGCCGCCAGCUCCCUGCUGUACAGAAAGAAGAGUGAGAAGGAGGAGGAGUUGGUUUUGCUGUACGAGAAGAAGAAUGAUGGGGAUGACUCAUUCAGCCUUGUCUCUGUGCGCCUGACUGACAAGCUGCCGCGGAUAAAAGAAGUGGUGAAAACUUGGAAAGAAAUUGACGCUGCACUAAAAAGCUGCACUUCCGGUGGCACUUUCGACCCGCGAGCGAAGGGUAUGUGUAAUGGCCCUAUUCCCACGGAAGGGCUGGUUGGCUUUUUGUCCAACACAUUAACGGAUGGAACUGAUGCUGGGAAAAUAUGGAAGGACGAGUACCUCGGCGUGAACGCAACGGUGAAGAAUGUGCGGCAGGCGAGCACGGCGUGGGGCGUGAGGUUCAAAGGCGCUGCAGCGGGGGCGGAGUGGCCGGUGGGCAGCAAGGGGCAGAACCAGCCGUACUACUUUGCGAACAACGAGUUCACUCUUGUGGCGACGGUGGCGAUCCACGCGGUGCCGGAAGACGGCGGCAGCCCAAUUCCUCUGUUGGGUGCAAAGCUGAAGGGAAAUGAUGGCGGUACGAGUGUGCUCUUUGGUCUGUCGUACACGAAAGACAACACGUGGAGUCUGACGUCCAAGGACGGAGCGCCCACCGCAUCCGGCAGCGCGUGGAAGCCAGAUGAAAAGUACAACGUGGCACUCGUGUGGCAGGGCAGCGGGCAGGGCUCCGUGUACAUUGACGGCCAGCCUGUGUGGAGUUCACAACCAGCCGCACCGUCUUGUGCAGCGGAUUCAUGCACGAUCUCGCACUUUUACAUUAGCGGGGGCGGCAGCACCGGUGCAGAAGAGGCAGUGAGUGGCGAGAGCAGUGUGACGGUGGCCAAUGUCCUGCUAUACAACCGCUGGCUGAGUGACACGGAGAUUGGUGUCCUCCACAAGAAAGCAGCCACCACUUCAGUGAUGAGGGAUGCGACACCACCGGCGGGUUCUGCUCCACUCCAAGACAGCUCCAGUAACGGUGUGGGUGUCGCGGUGCCUGCGCCCGCGCCCGACGUUGUUACUUCCAAGAGCACAGCUGGCCCGAGGGCGAAGAGUUCAAAGGCUGACAGCUCCGUGCGUGGGUGUGGGGCUGCGGUGCUGCUGCCGCUUCUUCUGCUGGGGCUGUGGGGCUGCGUGUCGCUGGUGUGA